GAAGACGAAUGACGACAUUGGUGAUGGUGAUGUUGUUGACUUGUAUCCCAAGACCUUAUUUAUUUAUUUAUUUAUUUAUUUAUCCAACCUAUCGUGUUGAACAAAAAAGAUUGUUUCGUUUACCUUACUCUUUGCUCAUCUCUGCAAAGAAUAAGAAUUAUUUGUGAAGUAUAGAAUCACUCACCUGUUACUGCAAAAUUCAUUAGUAUGCUCACUGCAUCAAUUCGCCCUUAGCAAUAACAACAAAAGCAUACAUAAAACAGUAUUAAUAUAAAGUAAGACUGUAACACUAAUAUUGACAAUAGUUGGAAAACACUUAAGAACACUUUAUCUGAACAGUAUUACCUACCAUACAUUUUGAGAAAAGAUAAAACUAUGCUACUCAUUUGGAUAAUUACUUUGAUUGUAUUUUCUAGCCAACUCAUCCUCGUAAAUUCAAAUGAUAUAAUUUCACAUGUUGAUUUAAAUAAACAACACUCUGUGGAAGAAAAAGAUUCAAAUACGAAGGUGGUUUAUGAGGCAACACGAUCUGUAUGUUACGCUAAAGGUCAAGCCGUAGAAUGUUCACCACCAUUUACAAAUAUUGCUGAAAAUGCUGAGAUUAAGGCUACUUCAACUUGUGGAGAAUUCGGUCAAUCAGAAGAAGUAUGCAGUUAUACUAUGGGGCAUCGGAAGUGUGAAGUAUGUGAUACAGGUGGGAAAUUCGGUACACAUCUACUAACUGAUAGACAUCAAAUGAAUAAUGAGACCUGUUGGAUUUCAGGAUCUGUUCAACCGGGGGAUACAGUGAAUCUGACCUUAUCGUUAGGCAAACGUUUUGAAGUAUACUACAUCUCUUUACAACCAUGUGGUCAGUUGCCGGAUUCUAUUGCGUUGUACAAGUCAUCUGAUUUUGGUGUGACUUGGAAACCAUGGCAGUAUUUCUCAACAGAUUGUUAUCGAGCCUUUCGUCUACCUACUAGUAAUGAGCACAAUGCACAAAUCUCACUAGCAAACAUACAAGAAGUCUUGUGUGUUGCUCUGAAGUCCCAAGAGUCACAUGAUUCUCUGGGUCAGUCAUCAAAUGUUAUCGCAUUCAGCACAACUAUUGGACGACCGUCAACACAACCUUGGAGUUCAGCUUUAAUUGAUUGGAUGACUAUGACUGACUUGAGAAUCAGUUUGAUUCAGUUUCCAGAUUAUCGAGAUGAAAUUCAACAUGAUUCCAAUGGUUUAUUUUUAAAUCCUAGUUUGUUGAAACCAGCGAAAGUGUUUCGUGUCGGCGGUAGUGGCACUAAUGGUGGUUUUGGCGUAAAUCAUAUUUUGUCUGAGACUGGUACAUUGGAUAUGUCUCAGCAUCCAUAUCAGUCUGAUAUGCAUUAUUCAAAAACACCAAAGAAUAAAGUACCAGUUCAUUUUGCUUUUUCUGAUCUAUCCAUCGGUGGUCAAUGCAAGUGUAAUGGACAUGCUAACCGUUGUGUUAGAGAUCGAAUCGUUGAAACGACACCUUCAGUGACAAAUAAUAAUGACAAAAACAAAAAUGGUCACAUAAAAUCACAGUGGGGUCCUCUCAGGUGUGACUGUCAGCAUAAUACUGAAGGAACAGACUGUGAACGUUGUUCACCUGGUUACUUAGAUCGACCAUGGGGAAGAGGUACUUCAGAAUCUGCUAAUGAGUGCAAACGAUGUGAUUGUAAUUUACACUCUAACUCAUGCAUUUUUUCAAAUCAGUUAUAUCUCAUGUCCAUGAAGGUAAGCGGUGGUGUUUGUCAAGACUGUCAGCAUAAUACAGUAGGGAGAAGGUGUCAUAACUGCGCUACAGGAUAUUAUAGGGACUGGACAAAACCUGUCAGUCAUGAUCAAGUUUGUUUGGAAUGUCGAUGCCAUCCUAUUGGUUCAGUUGCCAAUCAACACUGUGAUCGUAAAACUGGUCAAUGUCCAUGUAAACCAGGUGUUAUUGGACAAGCGUGCAAUCGUUGUCAAGAUGGUUAUAAGCAAACACGUCUACCGGAUGCACCAUGUAUCAAAGCCACUGAACACUAUGCAUAUCGAAGAAAAGACAAUGAACCAGCAUCUCACUCCGUUAAAUCUCAGUCAACAAAGCCGGAACCCAAUGCCAAAUGUCCUCCAUGCGAAAGAAGUAAAAAGAGAAUAAGAUUUAAGAAGUUCUGUCGAUGUGAAGCGGUGUUUCGUGGUAUUGUCAAAUCUCGUGCAAUUCAUGGAAACUUAAUGCGUCUUGAAGUUGGCAUUCAAAAUACAUGGCGUAUUACUGGAACAGCUGAACACUUAUUGCCCAAAACUGCAUCACCAAAUCUACCAGCCUAUCGAGUUUGGCUACAACUUAAGAAUAAUCCAGCAGAUAAACGUCACGGACGUUGUCCAUGUCCAAAUCUUCAAGUCGGUCAAUCUUAUCUGUUCAUAACACAUUCACAUCAGAUGCCAUAUGGAGAUAGAAUGGAGUUAUUACUUGAUACGCAUAGUGUAAUAUUACCAUGGCGUGAAUCAUGGAGAAGACGAUUAAUGAAAUUUGUGCGUCGUGCCGCACGUGAAUCAUGUGACAGUGAAAAAGUUGAUCUUAAUGAAGAAUUGAAAAGAACACGUCGAGUACAAAGAUUACGUUUAGCAACAGAUUACUAUGCACCCAAUAAUCCAAUAGAUCAAUACAAUCGGAUGCAAAACCCAUCAUCUUACCAAUCAGAUAAGACGAAGAAAAUCAAUCGACCAUCAGCUUCCAAAAUAUAUAACUCUAGAGAUGCCAGCAUAUACUACCCACCUGAUAAGCAUAGAGCCCAACAUACAGCUUAUCAUAAUAUGUUUUCUUCAUCUUAUUCAAGUUGAUAAAUUCAAGUACAAAAAAACUAUUUCAUUAAUACAAGAAAAAGAUAAUGAUAAGUUAACGCUAGAUUUGGUAAUAAUUUGUGAAGUAACCAACAAAAAUAAUAAUAAAUAAAAUAAACUUUUCCUUAAAUCAAACACUAAUUACACCAGCAAAAUUUCAACUUUUUUCUUCUAGACAUUUUAUUGGAAAUUAAUUACAUCAAAUAGCCAUAUUUGAUAAAUGGGAAGUAGAUAACUGGUUCAAAAAAAAACAAUUUUUGUUUAUUAUUUGACAAGAGAAGUAGCUUUACAAAACAAAUAUUGCAUGCGACAUUAAAAUUACUCAUCAAUCCUAUAAGAUUGUCUUUUUCUCGUCAAAAAAAAAAAUUUUGUACAUUUAUACAAUAUUAUCAUUCAUGAUUUGUUCUCCUUUUUCUUUUUUUUACCAAUGAAUAUAUAAUUACCGUUACCACACAAUAAUUGAUUUAAAAUGGAAAUUAACGCUUUUAAUAAAAAAAAGCGUAGAAUAUAUAAGUAGUAAUUGAAAUCAAAUGAGCAAUAAUUUAACUUGUUCAUUAUACGUUAAGUGUUCAAUGAAUAUUGAUCAUCAAAAAUGAAAUGAUCAACUUUCUUGUAUAAGAUUUUUAUUUUAAAUGAGUAAGACACUGAGUUGAUAUAUUUAAAUUUGCUACCUCAAAUUCCAUGUUAUGUACUUUGCCAUUCUUUCUUAAUGUGUAUGUCUUGAUGUUUUAUUUUUGGGUUGUUUUUCUCAAUAAUUUAGCAUUAUAGUUUAUUAAAAUCAAAGUUGCAUUUCUUAACGACAUAAUUAUAUACUCAUACCCUUAAAAGUGACAUUUUAUUGUAUUAUUCAUCUAUUCACUAGUUUGUUCUGUUUCCUGCUGACAAAUAUACUCCUAUUCAAGUUAUGAUAAUAUAUAUAUUCAUUAUUA